AUGGCGUCACUAAACAAGCCAGGCCCGCUUAACGGAGCCGAAUACGAGUCCAUCCGGGAACUUUGGGGAGUUCCGUACGAAGCCGUCAUCGAUUAUCCGAAUGGGGAUACUCCGGAGAAUGUGAGACCGGGGUACUGUGGAGCUUUCAUGUCCCAUUUUCGUGAUGGUUUCAUGUCAUUACCUAUUCCUUCAUUCCUACUCGAGAUUCUAGCGGAGCUGGGAUUGGCGUUUACUCAGAUCACCCUGACCUUCUGGCGUUACGUCUUGACGACGUUCGUUCGGGGCAGAGAGGAAGGGCUGGAGUUUGGCCGCUCAGUUAUUAGCGGCAUUCCUAAUAAAGAUGUCAAUUGGACGGACAAGUUUUUUGUCUUCAAGAUCGACCCGGUGACGGUUGGGGAUUUUGACUUUUCUCGGAUCCCGAUGAAGUGGAAUGAGAACGUUGAGUUGUUUGGCAGCUCGAGUUUGACUCCGGAGUUACGAGUUUUAAUCGCGGCGCUUCGUCGAGGCGAGUGCCAUUGGUCUAGUUUUAACUCGGAAAGGAUUCGUGCUGCUUAUGCUUUGCCUCCUGGCCUUAAUCACGGCGUUCCCAUCCCACUUGCGGAGCCGAUCCGUCCUCGAAGAGAUCAGAAGGGGAAAGGGGUGAAGAGGGUGGAACCUCCUGCGGAACCUUCAGAUGCUAAUUCUGACUCCGUGCCCUUGAAACGGGCUCGGGGGACUCUGGAAAGACGGGUACUUCGAUCGAGCUCCCAGGCUCAGUCUCCGGUUGUUCUGGCUACACCGGUUUCUGUGGUUCGCCUAGUUCGCAGUGACCAACCGGAGUCUCGAGUUCCAGGUGAGACGGAUGCCGGUGGAGAAAUUGCUUCCAAGGUUCAGCGACGUCGUCUAAUUUUGGGGGAGGAGACGUCCGGAGAUCCCAGCGCAUCGAGCUCGGAGCCUUCGAAGCAAGACCCAGGAGAGGGUACUUCACGGCUUAGACCGAUCAAUCUUCUUUCGGAUUAUCGGAGUGGCUCUCCGAUGACGUUCUCGUAUGACGUCGAUGCUCCGAUUCUGGAGAAUCCUGAACAACUUGCAUCCAUCUGGCGAAAAUUAAGGAAUCCUUCUUGCGAGCUCCCUCCCUUGGAACAUAUGCGAGGUCGUGAUGCUUAUGUUCAGAUGGCUGUUGCAAAUGACAAGGCUAUGGAGGAUAACAACGAGUACGCUGCUUUGAUGAAAGAGCGGUUGUCGAGCGAGCAGCAGCGAGCGAAGGAGGUCGAAGACCUGAAGGUGCUACUGACGGCUAGUGCAGCGGAGAAGGUCACGCUUGAGGGGGACCUUGAAUCUUUGAAGACGAAGUUUAAGCGAGAGGCUGAGUUGCGAGAAAAGCGGCUCGAAGGGAGAGGCGAGCUGCUUGCGAGGGAGACUAUCCGGAGGAGGAAAGCGGAAAGCGCUGCGGAGAUACGCUUGCAAGAGGUUCGUGCGAAGAUCGAGGCUUUAACUGAAUACGGGGAAGGCGAUUUUGAUCUCGAGGAGGAGCUGGAUCGUCUUAAGAGCCUGGAGACGUCGGUGGAGAUCGAUUAUGGCCUGCCUGUGGUGUCGGAUGACUCUCUUAGGGGUCUCGACCUUCCUCAGGUCUCUGGUGAUUUGGUCAAUCAAGGAGGUUGA